AUGUCGAUCAUCCCGACCGGCCCUAUGGCCAUCAGCACAGGAACCAACAAGGAGUUGGCGGAGCUCCAAGAGCCCGACAAACUCCGCCAAAUGUCGCAGAGCGGCGCCCACCCGGGUAUCCGUCAACGUCUCUGGGGUCUCGAGGCCCGUCUGGACCCUACCGUCACCUUCGAAGAAUACAGCUUCUGGGCCAAGAUCGAACGUGAGAUGGAGGCCAUUGAAUACCGCCGAUAUAUGGCCAAGCUCAAGGGCACCGGCGUGAUGGGUUACCUCAAGGCCUAUUUCAGCAACACCACCGAACUUGAUGCUUCCAGCAUAACCGAGUCUCACGAAGAAGUGACACACGAGAGCGCCCAGGUCGAAAAGGAGAAGGAGAAGGACGGCGUUGUUGCCAGUAGCGACUCUGGGAUGACCCCAAUCGGACCCUCGAGCACUCAAGACAUGGACGCUGAAUGGCGACGCGCCGCCCGCGCCCUCCGAACAACGGGCUGGAUCACCAUCUUCUACCUGAUCACCACCGAUAUUCUCGGUUGGAGUCAGACUCCGUACGUCUUCGCCAGUGUUGGGUAUGGGCUCGGUGUCGGCAUUUUCGUGCUCUUUGGCAUUGCCGCCGUCUGCUCGGGUUUGAUGAUCUGGAAGGUCUUCCUUGCUCUCGACUCUUCACGCUACCCCAUGUUGAGCUUCGGUGACCCUUUCUUCCGUCUCUUCGGCCCCAAAACCCGGAACUUCAUCAACGUUACCCAAGCCUUUCAGAUGUGGUGCUCUGUCUGCGUAGUGCUCAUGGGCAACUCGCAGAUAUUGUCACAGCUGGCUGACGCCAAGGUCUGCUAUAUCGCUAUCGUCAUCAUCAACAUGGUCAUUGGUAUGGCUUCGGGCUGGCUGCGAUCGCUGAAGCACCUUGGUUGGUUGUGCAACUUUGCCGUCUGGAUCAACAUUGUCAGCUUCAUCAUCAUCUGUGCGGCCGCUGCCAUGCACGGCCCGGACCCUACCGUCGCCCUCCAAACCACCCUCCUGAAAAAGUUUGACCCCGUCAAAACCUUUAUUGGAACCCCGCCGGCCGAAUAUCAGCAGCAGUCAACCAACCUGUUUGCGGCACAAUUCAAUGGUAUCGACACCAUCGUCUAUGCCUACUCUGGGGCUCUUCUCUUCGUAGCAUUCCUGUCUGAAAUGCGUCAUCCCAUGGACUUCUGGAAGGGCUGUCUCCUUGCUCAAGUCUUCAUCAUGGUGGUGUACGUCUUCUUCGGCGCCUUCGUUUACACCUACCUAGGUCAAUAUUCCAUCACCAGCAUUACCCAGGUUGUCAGCCCCUAUGGUCUGCAACUUGUCAGCAAUAUCCUCGCGUUGGUCACCGGUUUCCUCGCCAUCUUCCUGUAUUUCAACAUCGGCAUGAAGACGGUCUACCUGGAAGUUGGUCAGGAAAUCUGCGGACUGCCACCCAUCAGCACGAAGAAGGGAUACUAUUUCUGGCUGGCUCUCGGACCCGUAUACUGGAUCAUUGCCUUGGUGCUUGCCGUUUCCGUUCCCAACUUCACCGCCAUCACCAACCUCAUCGGUGGCUUGCUCAGUCUCAACUUCACCUAUAGUAUCCCUGCCAUCAUGUACGUGACCUGGGCUAUCCAGAAUGCUGCCGCUCUGCCAGGCGAGGGCUUCGAUCCAUACACCGGUGUCACCACUCGUCAUGACGAGGGCUGGCCGCGAUACAUGCGUGGUUUCCGCAAGAGCUGGUGGUACACUGUUCCAUCAAUCCUGUUCGCCCUGGGCGGGUUGGCCUCUUCGGGCAUGGGUUCUUGGUCGGCUAUCCAAUCUCUCAAGGAGAUCUUCGGCCCUGGUGGCACUAUCCAGACAUCUUGGAGCUGCACUGCUAUCGGUUAA